ACUAAUUGGGAAGUGUGUUACAAGAUUUCAAUGUCUAAUAUUCAUAUGAGCAGUUUUCCUAAUCGGCGGCUGGAUUAUCAGGCUUUUCAACAAUUAAUAAAUUCUGUGUUGAAUUCAAAUACAUGUGUACUUUUUGUCCAUAUUUCUUCUAGAAUUUAGAUGAGGCUUCACGCUAUUGACUUCAGAAGAUUGAAAAGUCUCCAAUGAACAUUGUUUCUUUACAAAGCAAACGCACUCGGCUAAGUUUUGUCAUAUCCAUUGCUGAUCAAAUGGGUGGGAAUCAAGUCACCGAAGAAGUAGACACUCCAAAACCAGGCAAACCAGUCGGCUCAAUGGCCUUGACGCUUUACGAAGACAAGAAUCUCUCAGUUGGGGAACCAUGGAGCACUGGAUUGUUCGACUGCCAUGAAAACCAGACAAAUGCUAUAGUUACAGCAUGUCUACCUUGUAUCACAUUCGGUCAGAUAGCAGAAAUAGUGGAUGCUGGAGAAAUGACUUGCCCACUGGGGACUUUCAUUUAUAUGUUGAUGAUGCCUCCCUUGUGCUCUCAGUGGAUUAUGGGCUCUAAGUAUAGAGCAAAGCUGAGGAAGAAAUAUGGUUUGGUAGAAGCACCUUAUGAAGAUGUGGUCUCUCACAUCUUCUGUCCAUGUUGUUCCCUUUGCCAGGAGUUCAGAGAGCUCAAGAAUAGAGGACUUGACCCUGCUUUGGGAUGGAAUGGAGUCCUUGCUCAACAACAGGGAGGAAAAUACCAAGAUCAAGAAUUCCCCAGUCCUCCUUCGAAGCAAAUAAUGUACAAGUGAAAGAUGGCCAUUUUCGCUUUCGAAAAUUCUAUUUUGUGAUUGUUUGGUGUGUGUUAAUGUUCCAUGAUUGGUGUCUGAACUUUUUAUUGAUGAAACUCAGUAACAGGAAUGAAUUAUUGUCCUCAAUCUCUCUA